UUAAUUUUUAUUUUUUAUUACUAAUUAAUUAAGAAAUAUAUUAUUUGGCCAAAAGAGGGCGCUGUAGUCUGUGACGUCGCCUAAGGUCCAUCGCGAAAACAGACCGUAAAAAGUGUAUAGCGAUGACUGCAGAUAAACACCGAAGUGGAUUUUUAUUUGAACCACAAAGACAAUAUUCUAGUGAAGAAAAUGAAAGUGACGAUGAUAUUACUGUAGAUAAUAGUCUAAACAAUGAUAGAACGGACAAUUUGGACUGGUGCCAAUGUGAAAACUGCAUUAUAAUGCCUAGCCGGAUCGAGAGUGUAUGUUGCCUGGAGAAUGUGGAUAUCUGUCGGAAGAUGGACGAUGUAAACACGUGUAUUGUUUUAAAAGACAAUUACAAAAAACUGUGUUUGGAUAAAGAAGUUUUGGAAGUCCUCAUGUCUUCAAUAAAAGAAGUUGUUGGCGAAGAUCUCCGUGAGCCAAUAUCUAACAGGU